UUCCUCUCUAAAUAAAUCUCAAGAGAUUUUUGCAAUUUCAAUUUCAGUUUUCAGAUCUCAAACCUUUUUCUCGUUUUCGAUUCGAUUCGAUUCUUCUCUCGUCUGCUUUCCUCAAAGGUUUUUUCAUCACUUUAUGCUUCACAAGCGAGCUAGUGAAGCUAACGAGAAGAGCGAUAAUAGCAGCAUCGGUUCCGAUUUAGCAUUCAAGAAACGCCGUAUCGAUAUUACUGACUCUUCGUCUGCGUCCGCGUCUGAUAAGUCUUCCGUUGUAGCUUCUGGUAGUAGUAGCGGAUUUCACGGAGAUAGCGUCGUUCAGCAACUCGACAUGGCUUUUGGUAACUCGAAUCGUCAGGAGAUCGAUGAGGAUCUUCACAGUCGGCAGCUCGCUGUCUAUGGUCGUGAGACUAUGAGGCGUCUCUUUGCUUCGAAUGUUCUUAUCUCGGGGAUGCACGGCCUUGGUGCCGAGAUUGCCAAGAACCUUAUUCUUGCGGGUGUAAAGUCUGUGACCCUGCAUGAUGAAAGUGUCGUAGAGCUAUGGGACUUAUCUAGCAACUUUGUUUUCUCGGAGGAUGAUGUUGGCAAGAAUAGAGCAGAUGCUUCUGUUCAGAAGUUACAGGAUCUUAACAAUGCUGUGGUUGUCUCUAGCUUGACUAAAAGUUUAUCCAAAGAGGAUCUUUCUGGUUUCCAGGUUGUUGUUUUCUCCGACGUAAGCAUGGAAAGAGCAAUCGAGUUUAAUGACUUUUGUCACAGCCAUCAGCCUCCUAUCGCUUUUAUCAAGGCUGAUGUCAGGGGUCUUUUCGGCUCUGUCUUUUGUGAUUUUGGCCCUGAAUUUGCGGUUCUCGAUGUUGAUGGAGAGGAACCCCAUACAGGCAUCAUUGCGUCUAUCUCUAAUGAGAACCCGGCUUUUAUUUCCUGUGUUGACGAUGAAAGGCUUGAAUUUCAAGAUGGUGACCUAGUUGUUUUCUCAGAAGUUGAGGGUAUGACGGAAUUGAAUGAUGGGAAACCAAGGAAGAUAAAAAGUGCACGGCCAUAUUCAUUCACCCUGGAUGAGGACACUACAAACUAUGGAACAUAUGUGAAGGGUGGUAUUGUCACUCAAGCGAAACAGCCAAAGUUGCUGAAUUUCAAGCCAUUGAGGGAAGCACUUAAAGAUCCUGGGGAUUUUCUAUUUAGUGAUUUUUCUAAGUUUGACAGGCCUCCACUCCUUCACUUAGCAUUCCAGGCACUUGAUCAUUUUAAAUCUGAAGCUGGCAGAUUUCCUGUUGCGGGCUCAGAAGAGGACGCUCAGAAGCUUAUAUCGAUUGCCACAGCCAUCAAUACCGGGCAGGGUGAUUUAAAGGUGGAGAAUGUUGACCAUAAGCUUCUACGACACUUUUCCUUUGGAGCCAAAGCUGUCCUGAAUCCCAUGGCUGCAAUGUUUGGUGGUAUUGUUGGACAGGAGGUUGUAAAGGCUUGCUCUGGAAAAUUUCAUCCUCUCUUCCAGUUUUUCUACUUCGAUUCAGUGGAGUCACUCCCCACUGAACCUCUGGAUUCAAGUGACGUUGCACCAAGGAACAGUCGGUACGAUGCCCAAAUAUCUGUAUUUGGGGCAAAGUUCCAGAAGAAACUCGAAGAUGCUAAAGUUUUCACCGUAGGAUCUGGUGCACUUGGGUGUGAGUUCUUGAAAAAUAUGGCUCUGAUGGGGGUUUCUUGUGGAAGCCAAGGGAAGCUGACAGUGACCGAUGAUGAUAUAAUCGAGAAGAGUAACCUCAGUCGUCAAUUUUUAUUCCGUGACUGGAACAUUGGACAGGCGAAAUCCACAGUUGCUGCUUCUGCUGCUGCAGCUAUUAAUCCUUGCUUCAACAUUGAAGCCCUACAAAACCGUGUCGGUGCUGAGACUGAGAACGUAUUUGACGAUGCAUUUUGGGAGAACUUAACUGUUGUCGUGAAUGCAUUGGAUAACGUCAAUGCUAGGCUUUAUGUUGAUUCAAGGUGCUUGUAUUUCCAGAAGCCUCUCCUAGAGUCUGGAACUCUUGGUGCAAAGUGCAACACACAGAUGGUUAUUCCACAUCUAACUGAAAAUUAUGGUGCCUCAAGGGACCCGCCAGAGAAACAGGCCCCCAUGUGCACAGUGCAUUCGUUUCCGCAUAACAUUGAUCAUUGUUUAACUUGGGCUCGCUCUGAGUUUGAGGGUCUGCUUGAGAAGACUCCUGCUGAAGUGAAUGCUUUUCUCUCUAGCCCAGUUGAGUACACUAACUCAAUGAUGAGUGCUGGAGAUGCUCAGGCCAGGGACACACUUGAGAGGAUUGUUGAGUGCCUUGAGAAGGAGAAAUGUGAAACCUUCCAAGAUUGCUUAACCUGGGCUCGACUGAGGUUUGAGGAUUACUUUGUGAACCGUGUCAAGCAAUUGAUAUACACAUUCCCUGAAGAUGCUGCGACUAGUACCGGAGCUCCAUUCUGGUCCGCUCCAAAAAGAUUCCCUCGUCCACUCCAGUACUCGUCUUCUGACCCAAGUCUCCUUAACUUUAUCACUGCGACUGCUAUUUUACGAGCAGAGACAUUUGGGAUCCCGAUACCUGAGUGGACCAAGAACCCCAAGGAAGCAGCAGAAGCUGUUGACAGAGUGAUAGUCCCAGACUUUGAGCCAAGAAAAGAUGCAAAGAUUGUGACUGACGAGAAAGCUACCACUUUAAACACUGCUUCAGUGGACGACGCUGCAGUCAUCAACGACCUUAUUGCUAAGAUCGAGCAGUGUAGGCAUAAAUUGUCUCCAGACUUCAGGAUGAAACCAAUUCAGUUCGAAAAGGAUGAUGACACAAACUAUCACAUGGAUGUGAUAGCGGGACUAGCCAACAUGAGAGCAAGGAACUACAGUAUCCCCGAAGUCGACAAGCUGAAAGCAAAGUUCAUCGCAGGGAGAAUCAUCCCAGCCAUUGCGACUUCAACAGCGAUGGCUACUGGAAUGGUCUGCCUCGAGCUGUACAAGGUCCUUGAUGGAGGACACAAAGUGGAAGACUACAGGAACACAUUUGCCAACUUGGCGCUUCCACUCUUCUCCAUGGCUGAGCCGGUUCCUCCAAAGGUGGUGAAGCACCGUGACAUGGCUUGGACCGUGUGGGACAGAUGGGUGCUCAAGGGAAACCCAACUCUGCGUGAGGUAUUACAGUGGCUGGAGGACAAAGGGCUUAGUGCGUACAGCAUCUCAUGCGGAAGCUGUCUUCUGUUCAACAGUAUAUUCUCAAAGCACAAGGAGAGGAUGGACAGGAAGGUUGUGGAUCUUGCUCGGGAUAUCGCCAAAGUCGAGUUGCCCCCAUACCGCCGCCAUCUUGAUAUAGUGGUUGCUUGUGAGGAUGAAGAUGACAAUGAUGUCGAUAUUCCUCUCGUCUCUAUCUACUACAGGUGAGAAUUUUCAAUCAGAAAAAUGAAGAACAAGACAGGAAGGAGAUGAAACUCUUGAGAUCAUAAUUGUGUGUUUUGUCUCUGCAUCUGCCCUACGUAUUUUCUUUGGAUGCUUUUGGGUGCGAUGACUAUAUUUUACUUGCGGGGGAUAGAAUCCCAUUUUAUCAUCUCUCGUUCUAUUUCUACUCUUUUUAUGUGUACAAUUCGUGGUGUGGUGUAUCCCACGCAUCACCCAUCUGAACAUGUUUCAUCCAUCGAAUCUCGAAUUUUCGUUUUUCCAA